AUGUCCCAUGGAAGAUUUACUUUUGUUCCAGUGAAGCUUGUUCAGGCCUUGGAUGAAAAGAAAGAUAAAAAGGAUGGAGACAAAGACGGGCUGGAGCACUGCUCCCAUGGAGAGAGGCUGGAAGAACUGGAGUACUUCAGCCUGGAGAAGGCUCCAGGGAGAGCAACAGGAAUUGGCCAAUCUGCAAAUGCCAGAAAUGGAUUGUCUUAUGAGGAUGUUGAUCAAGAGGGACUAAAAAGAGAAUUGGUUUUCUCAGGUUAUCCCAAGUUGACAAUAGAUGGUCUUCAAAAAUGUGUAAAUUUUCAAAAGAUUUAUUGUUAUUGCAAUGAAAUUUCCAGGAUUGAAAAUCUGGAAGCUCUAAAAAAGUUCAACCUCUUUUGGCUCUUAUAUAUCAAAUCAUCUCCUAUUAAAAAUUAUUUUCCCCCCAUGCUAACCUUUGAAUUGGAAGCUGGUUUUAGAGAAUCUAAUAUUUUUUCUUGGUGUAUCUUCAUCUGUAACAAAAAAAAGCUGGAAUGUGAAUUGAGCAAGAUGCAAAUGUUGGAUGAAACAUGAAAUAAUAAAUCUCUAAGGAGCAAUAAUCUAGAAACUGAAAAUUCAGUUCAUGGUAAGGAAACCACUGAAAAUGCAUUCUUGAAACGGCAGUCUUACAAAAAAGAAAUGAAUCUACUAGAGGAAAAAAUAACUCUCUGCAAGAGAAAACUGAGAUAUUCUGCCUCAGGACUUCCAAGUCAAAUUCAUCUAAAACCAACGGCCAGCACGAAGUCUACACACAGAGAAUCCCUCACUAAUGGGGUGGAAAUGAAGAAAAGUUUUAUUUGGGUAGUACAAUUCUCGCUGGUAUAAUUGGAAACAGUGGGAAAAAUUCACUUUGAAGAAGACUUAUUGAAUAAUCAAUGGUGGUUGAGUUCAUGUUGAAUAAUUCAAUCAUUAUUUUCUACCAGAGACUUCAGAGUAAGCAGCAUCAUGGGAAUGAAAAUAAGAUGCAUAUUUAGAGUGCCCAAUCAAAUUCUGAGGCUGAAAUUUAAGAAGUUUCAAGUAUUUCUGUAAAAAGAAGUUUUCAGUGUAGCAGAAAGUCUAAGCUUAUGUGAAUGUCCCGAAACAGAAUUUCUAAAACAAGAUGCUAAGGCAGAAGGCAAAACCAGCAGGGAUCCUGAGAAGUCCUUCAAGCAUGGGGAGUCAAAUUGUGUGACUCUGUCACUGCAGUGGCUUAGGAUUGGGAAAGUGAUAAUUGCAAAAGUUUUCCUUGGCCACAGCUCUCCAGCUUGUGCAAUGCAUCAAAUCUAUCAAGCCAACUACCCAGGAGCUGAUUCAGUAUUCAGGCCAUGGAAAUGCCAAGAAAGUGAUGCAUCUAUUUCUGGCAAUGCUGACAGAGUGGAUGUGAGAGGGGCCACGCUGCUAUUUAGCCGUGGCUCCACACUAACAGCAGGUUCACACCCACCCUUCAUCCACUGGGACUGGGGGAAUUGGGACUGCAGCCAUGUGCAUUGUGAGAGGUUUGUGCUUGACCAAGAGCUGGUCCUGCCAGAAUACACAGCUGGAUUUUAGUGUCUUACACUGCUCAAAAACCAGCAUCUGUUUUCUAUGUUCAAUAUAAUUGUGGAAGAAGAAAAGAAAAACACAGAAAGAUUCAUUCUGUCUCAUGAUUUGUAAUGUGAUGAUGGUGUUUUGAACAUGGAACUGACAGUAAAGGUCAGGCCUCAGACUGCUGAAAUGAAAAAAGCCCACAAUAUUUACAGUUUUGAUGUGAAUCAUAACCAUGUGAUCACUUUUGAGGGCAACAGAGGCUUGAACAAAAUGCACUUCCUCAACCUCAGCUGGAACCAGCUAAAAAGGCCCAGGGAAGAGACAAACAUUUUACAAAAACACAUUACUAACAUAGCCAGUCUUGACAUCACACACAACCCGUGGCACAAGCCAGCCACAUUUCAGCUGAGUGUCACUGGGCAGUUAAAGGCUCUCAGUGACCUGAAUCAAGCCCUGAUUUGUCCUGACUGCGAUCUAACUGUGGAGGUGGUGUUUGCAGAUCAGUUUGGAAAUGUCUGCUGUGUGAAUUUAUAGAACAAUGAUCUCAUGUCCUUCAUGUUUAAUCUUCCUCCCGACUUCGUCAACUCAGACAAGUCUCACAAAGUCACCACGCAGAAUUCCCUCUAUACAUUGGUCAGACAGAACAUAAAAGAAGCUUUCACAAGCAGAGGAGUGGAACAGCGCAUGUUGAUUUGCUUAGUCCUGCUGUCAUUCAACUGUUUUGCAAACUCACCAGGGGGCUCUGGAUUUCCUGGAAUGCCAGCAAGCUUUACAAGACAUAAUCCUCUCAGAGCAACAAAUGGAAACCUGAAUGAAAACAUUCACCAUUUAUUUGGCUCUGAUCUUAUACUUGGUCAUGAACAUCAAGAGAGUCUCCUCAAUAAUCAAAUGAAAGCAAACAUAAAUAAGCCUAAGAACCCGGGAAUUACAACAAAUAAUCUUUGAAGCAUCCAUGUGGAAAGAGUUCUUGGACAAGCCAAAGGAGCAGCAACUAAUCUUCUAAACCAUUUGGUGCAUCACAGUGCUGCAGCUCGAACCAGCCAACUGCACCAGGGCCACACAGAGAAUCCAGGCAGGUGA